AUGGCCGACGAAGCUACCAAGGCUCACCUCCGCACCAAGUUCGACAAGCUCACCGCCGACGACUUCAAGGAGGUUGCAGGCAACAAGGACGCCCUCGCUGCCAAGGUCGCCGAGAAAUACGGCAUCUCCAAGGACGAGGCUGCUAAGCAAGUUGAGGACGGCUUCGCCGGCAAAUAA